CUAGUAAGUGGGGAUGAGAAGAUGAAGAACUAUUAUUUGUAUAACUGUUUGGGCUGGGGUAAAGCCGGAGCUAAAAAUAAGAUGACUUUAUAUGACUGUUUGACGACCAUGCCUUUUAAACUCAUUCGUUUUGUUAAUAUUUGAAAUGUUCAAUUAACAUUCUGGGAUUGCUUGCCAGCUAGAGCAGCUAAUGCUUCCAGAGGCAAAAUAUGAGUUAAACAUCAUGCUGUUAUAAACUUUCUUACUUCAGGAACCAGGUGAGGUAAUUCAGUAGUUUCUAUUUUUGCUGGCAGACUGUUAAUCCAGGCUCACUAAAUCAUUUACCUAGUUAACAGAAGAAGCGUUAGUCUGCCAUUGCACUUUUUAGAAAGUCCUGAAAAUGUAAGGACUUCAGCAAGCUUAUUUAAAACACAUCGUAAAAAAGUUUCUGUGUUUUCAAUGUCUUUAUUCAUAAGAUUUUAUAGAUACAGUACUUUGACUUAAAGGGUUGAGGAUACAACAGUAAAGCUAGAAUUCAUAUGCUGCCUCACACAAAUAUACUCAGUAUUAAACGUUCAGGAGGAAGAAAGAACUCUCAGUUCACGUCUUUCUCUUAAAAUCUCUUUAAAAUGUUGUUUCUCUGUUUACUCCUUAGCCACUUUGACAUUAUCCUACCUAACUAUUGUAAUGAUGUUAAUUCUGCUUUCCCACCAUACCUGUAAAAUAAUCUGGUCACGUGGAUGCCUCAGACUUUGAUAUGCCUAUAUAUAGGAACACAGUGAAAUUCUGUGGAAGUAGGAAUGAGAAGUGAUGUCUCAGUACACCUCAGUACACAGGAUUGAGGGAGAGAAAGGAAAAAAAACCAACAAAGACUGCAUGAAGGAAAGAAAAAUGUGUGAAACUGGACCUUUGUGAGUGAAAACACUGCUAGGAAGUAGUUGAGAAUGGGAGAUACAAUCAGAAGAAAAAAAUACCAAAGCAAGAAGAAAGUGAAACACAAGAUGGAUAGCAGUAGCAGCAGAGGAGACUGAAGGGAGUAAAGCAUGGAAGAGGCGAGGAAUUUCAGAUGAGAAGAAAAAGUUGCUAUUACGCAAGGAGGAGCAAUUCAGUUGUCUAACAAUGGCACAGAUGGAGUACAAGGUCUCCAGACGUUGACUAUGACCAAUGCAGCUGCAACACAACCUGGCACUACCAUUUUACAGUAUGCACAGACCACGGAUGGACAACAGAUACUUGUACCCAGCAACCAAGUUGUUGUACAAGCUGCCUCAGGAGAUGUGCAGACCUACCAGAUUCGCACCGCCCCUACCAGCACCAUUGCACCUGGAGUAGUCAUGGCAUCAUCUCCAGCACUUCCCACUCAGCCAGCAGAAGAGGCUGCACGGAAGAGAGAAGUGCGUCUAAUGAAGAACAGAGAGGCAGCGCGUGAAUGUCGCAGGAAGAAAAAGGAGUAUGUGAAAUGUCUAGAAAAUCGAGUGGCUGUGCUUGAAAACCAGAACAAGACACUGAUUGAGGAGUUGAAAGCACUUAAAGACCUUUACUGCCACAAAUCAGAUUAAUUUUGGAUUUCCAUUUUCACUUGUGCAGGUGGGAUAAGAGACUGGUUCUGGCUAUACCCAGAAAGACAAAGUAAACUUUUUAUUUUCUAAACAUUUCUUUUUUUCUAUGCGCAAAACUGCCUGAAGCAACUACAGAAUAUACUUCGUCUGUGCUUUGCAUCAAACUGUGAAUGUUCAAAUACUUGCCUCCACUUCUCCCCCUACAAGAUUAUUUUCAUCAUCAAAUAAUCUCAGCGUGAAGAAGAACAGGCUUCUUUCUCAUCUCCCAUCCUCUUCAAGGAGUUACAAUGGUCACUUGGGAAGUUACUGUGGGGGAGGGUCCUUUUGUAACGAUUUCAAGAAUUUGUGCUGAGCUCUUUCCAUUGCCUUAGAGACAGACCUACCCCAGCCUCUUGGCCCAGGGAGCUGUGGGCCGCAUACGUGAAGCACACAUGGUGCAAUGAAGAAGCAGUGGUUGCCAAAGUGGUUUCUCAUACUUACUUUAAGCUACAAAAAUACAUGCCUAGGUGGCAUGCCAAAUGAAAGGCACUUCACAGUCACAUUCUGGGUGUGGAGCUAAAAUACAUUUUUUAAACUAGCCCAGGAGGGGUUCUAAUAAGUAAUCUGCAUUACUAGUCCCUCCUGAACUAGUGAAAACUCCAUGCCUUAGACAGAAAUGGAUUGAAAUAAGCUUCGCUGUUCAGUUGUUGCUUCUUGAAGCGUCUGUGUGCAAAUGUGUUCAGCAUUCUGAAUGCACAAAAAGAAAACACUGUCUUCAUAUGUUACUGGUUGGCAAACAAUAUUUGAAUGGGAAAGGAAUCAGAAUAAAAAAGGUACAACGGUGAUGUUUAGAAAACAGUCACGUAAUACAGCUAGCACAUGAAAGCACUGCCUAUUUAUAUGCAGAACAACUAAGCAGUUGAAGCAUGGCCAACUCCACGUACAUACUCCCUGAUGACAGUAUAGUUUGUCUCGUGUCCUCUUAAGCAAUCAGGUAUUUCUAUUUCCCUACCACUAUCUUAUGUAAUGGAAAUUAUUGAACUUGAUAGAAACAUUGUCCUGGUUUACUAGAUUCUUUCCAUGCAUAAAUUAAAUUGCAUUAUGGUAACUGCCAGGACAACCUCAAAUAUUGAAAAGGACUUCAAACACAAAUAUUCCAACUGGCUUCUGCUUCUCAAGGGACAAUAUUAAUUAUUUGAACUCACCCGGGCUAAAUUGAUUCUUAAUUUAUUCAGAGGAUUUUUUCAUGCAGAGGGUCAGAUUUAUCAAGUUUUUUGUUCAUGUAAGUAGAACUACUUACCUGCCUCAGACUUUUGCAAGAUCAAACUUUUUGUGUGUACUGAGGAAACAUGAUCUUUUCUGGAUUUACAUUGUUAAAAUAGUAGAUCACCUUAAAAAUAAUACCGUAAUCAGCAUUAGGACUUCCACUGUGUGUGAAAAAGAAUUACGCUGUUUGUUUCCUGGUCCCCUGGAGCCAGGCUCUUCACAUAUUAAUUUGAGUCAUUUGAUGGAGUAAGUUUACUUUGGGCCUCUGGUCCAACUUGUGUGUAUAGAGAUGUAUGAAUAAGUCUCCAGUCCGUACUAAUGCCUUGCCUAGCAAAGUGUUAGCUGAUUUUUUUUCCCAUUCACUCUAUCUGUUUUUAAGAUAAAUUUCAAACACGAAUUUCUAAAAGGUUAUAUCAUCAGUGUGACGUUGCGGGAAGAGCAUUUCCAAGACUCUUGGCAGUUGAGUCUCAAACAACUAAGCAGUAUUAAAAGUUGUAGUUUUCUCAUUUGAGAGGGCAUUCAGUUUCCAAGAGACUUUUAGAGGAGCAGGGUCAAACUUGUAGCAUUAUUGUUAAAUCUAGAGUUAUCAAUAAUUUCAGAUUGUUUGUAUUUCAAAUAAGAGAGCAUAAGUAUCAGAAUUAUGAAAGAGUUCAUUUUCAAAUUAAGUUUUGAAGGGGUUUAUAAAUGGUCUAUUUUUAUCUGCCAUAGAAAACUGAUUUUCAUGUUUUUAUUUAACGGAAGAUGAAUUUAUUAGUUUAGCAAUGCAAAUUUAAAGAAGACCCUAAAUUCUCAGCCUCACUUAUGUAAAAAUUGUCUGAUUCUUAAAGACAGAAAACACCUGUGUUUUUGAUGGUUUCCAGUUCUUCAGAACUAACACUAGAAAUGUUGAUAAUGCAGGAAUUCUCGUCAAAUAUGUAAGCUUAUGAUGGCUUAGUUUACAGAGUUACACGAAAUGGUUCCUCCCACUUUGAGAAUUGUGUAAGAAGCCAUGAGUGCCUGCGUUAAGGCUGUUUGUUUUGCAGAACCACCUGCCUGCAAAAGCUCAGGGUUCUGUACUGAACCUCUGUGAGGCUAGCUGGGAGCUGGGAGCUGCUCCUAGCCAUGGCCGUGGGCGCUUGUGGGGUGUGCCAGCACGGAGCCUGGCAGCUGCAUGGACCAGGAUCCUACAGCUGGACCUGGACCUGCUUCUUCUGUUAUGUGGCUGAAGCAAAUCUGUGUGGCAGUGAGAGGAGAACUGCAUUACCCGUCUGUCUGUGUGUGGUUUGUGAGUAAUCUAUCGUGUUAUUACUGUAGACUGCAGUGGCAAUGAACAUUUCACUGAGAAAAAGAAUGUUAUUUUAAAGUACAUAGGCAUCUCCAAGAAUCUUUAUUUUUAUUUAUGCUGCACUGAGGAUUUAAGGACUUGAAUUUCUUAAGCAGAAAUUUUUAAUUACGAUAAUAAAAAAUGUAUUGGGCCAAGUACAGGUUUGGCUAGGGUUACCCAUACAUGCUUAAUUAUUCAUAGUGACCCAAAAGGGGAAAGAAUACAAUUCAGGCAUUCGCUAAUGUGUUACUUACCAAGUAGUGAGGUUGGGGUAAUCAGCUUCUAUAAACUAAGGCCAUUUGGAAACAGGACAGCAGUUGUGCUGGCAGGGGGGGGAAGGUUAGUUUUUAUAUCUCACGGUCGUGAGUUUUCUUGAACCGAUAGCCUGUUUUACCUGAGGAGAGGGUUAGAAAGGGCUAGAUCCAUUAUGUUCAUAAUAAACGAGAAUUGAUUUGAAAUAUAAUUUUUGUAACGUCAUUAUUUUGCAAAACUACAGCACCAAUCAGGCAGUUAAGAUAUUGUCAGAGGUGCUCUUUUAAUUUAGAUAUUCUUGGAAAAUACAUAUGUAUAAUACAUGUACAUAUAUAUAUAUACACACAGUAUAUAAUCUACAGCUCUGAGAGCUUUUAAGUCAGGAAUGCUGAGUAUUAUAGUAUAUGGAGGUCAGAAAAAAUUUUUACUUCUGUGUGUGUCUGAGUGUGUGUGUGGAUGUGUGCGCGCCUGUGAAAGCCUCCCCCUGCCCCAGUACUGCUGGGCUGCAUUAUUCUAGCGCUUAUUACUGAUGUGUUUUGUGCUGUUUCUCAGUUAUCCAUUUUUGAGAAUUUUAUUUCAUUUUUCAUGGCUUUUGUGAGUUUGUUUGUUUUUAUUUUCUUUUUUUUGAUGGAGAUUUUUGAAAUGAUGUAAACAGUUAUUUUACAACAGCCACCACCCCCCAGAAUAACUCACUUUUGUGCUUUUUCUCUUUGGCAGCUAUAUAUCAAAGGCAAAACAAUUGGAAUGCUUGUUAAGGUGUUGCUUUUUAAAGGAACCACUGGUAUGACUUCUGUUUUCCUCCUAGGGUAGUGGCAAUGCAUUUGUAUUUGAGCAGUGAUUUCACCAGAAGCAGGUAGUUGCUGGCACCAUUGCUUGUAUCUGAGAGCACAGUUGUAGCCAGUCUCACUGUACAGACUCCUGUGGGUUCUGGGUCUUCUGUCAGUCAUGUUUGUGUCACAGACCACUAUCUUCUCUGGUACUUUACAUUGAUCAGAAAAUUGGUGGGGCAUUUGGAAUCAUUAAGAGGCUCAGGAAAAAAAAAAAAAGAUUUAAUAAGGAAAACCAGCCCCGAUAGUUUCUGAUCUAAAUUUGUACUACAGUCUUGUUUUGUUUUUUAAAUCUGGGCUUCCAGUAGGCAGCAGCUGAAAGUAGUCAUCUGUGAGCAAAAACUGGCCUCUACCUUUUUAUUGUUAUUAUUUUAGACAGAGAGCCAGUGCUUUCUGUGGGCUAAAGUCUGGUCCCUGCAUCACAGCAAGUUCAUUAUCAGUGGUUGCAAAUGCAUGACAAUUCAUAGGGGAUGUCACUCGUUUUCUAAGACCCUGUUUUUAUUGUCAUUUUUUACCGUGAAGGUGGUUAGUGAUGUCACAUUUGCCAAUGAUCUAACCAAAAGGUCAUGUAUUUAUUUUUGUUACACAAUAUCCUUUGUAAAUGUUUAAUUAAAAUGUGCACUUUUUAAAUAAAAAUAAUAAUAAUAAAAAAAAACAUAGAAAAAAAUAAGAAAAAUUGGGUUUGCUUAAGAAGCUCUCGGGCACAAUUGCUGCAAUCCUGCUGCCUGCACACAAUUCACUCCUCUCCCCACAGCAGUUGACUCUUUCACCAGUGUAACUUGCUGAUCAGCACCUGGCUUCCAGCAGGCACUGCUUCAGACUGGCAGGAGAUGUGCGCGGGCGGUACAGAAGAUGGGAAAGAAGUGUGUGGUGUCUCAGAGCAGUAGGUACAGGAUGGAUGUGACGUUAUUUUUAGACAGAAUAGAACUGGUUCAGCGAUCCCAGGUGAGAAAGGGAGAGUAACUCAGAAAGAAAGCCCAGCUCUUUCUCAGCCACUUUAUUCACCUUUUCUUAAUUUGAGAUUUAGCUGCACAUUUUAAAAGCUGCAUUCCAAGAAAAUAAAUCAAAACGCUUUUAAUUCUUUGACACCAGGAAUUAAAGGGAUGCUGACAGUGUGUCACCCUGCUUUAAAAGAAAAAAAGCACAACUAACUUAUUUUUGCAGAAAGAAUGAUUGUUUAGCUAUAAUCCUGAAAUCUGUCACAGUAAGCAUGUUUUAAAAGCGUACAGUACUUUCAUGGUUCUCAUGUACUGUGCCUGGGAACUCAUUUCCCUGAGCUUUUGUAUUUGCUAGCUGUAAAAAGACUGAUUUUGCAGAAACCUGAAUGUAUCGUGAAGCUCAGUCUGGGAGGAGCUGCACUGAUAAAGAGAAAUAGGAUGCUGAAAUCCUGUCUGCUGCGUGCUGGUGGCAGGUUCGGGUUUGUGGAUGGACAUGGCUUAAAUCUGUGCAUCUUUUAGGGAAGGGGACCAGAUCCGGGUGGUAAAGGGGGGUUGCAUUUUAAGUGUUCUGUCUUGGAAUGUACUUUUUACAUAUACUUAAGCUCUGUCCUGCAAGGAGACUUGCUCGGGCUAUUUUGUGUAGCACAGGUUGAAGACACUGACCUGUUCUGGUUCUACAAGUGCAGUUCUUGGCUUGUGGUUAACAAUGGUGAGUCUAGGUCUCACUUUCACCAGCAAGGAGGAGGAAAAGCCAGCUGUCCUUGGGAGCUGUGUGCUGACGGGGAAAGGGCCAGGGAGCAGCCGUAGUGAUCCACAGUUAGCACUCGUCUGUAAGCUGACCCCUUGCUGUACUCAUUGCUUGGGAGCAGUCAGUUCACUGAGUCCCAGCUUCAGCUAUCUAUUUCUCAAAAUUAGGGAAUAGCUGAGUGACAGCAAGGGGAAGGUAGGCCUUGAGCUGGUCAGCUGUCUGGAAAUGGCCACCGUUAAGAACUGAGGGUAAAUGGAUGCUCUCCACAAGUUGUGUUUUAUCCAGGUGCCACUCCAUUUUUUGUGUGUGUGCGUAAUAACAUUUAUUUAUAUUAAAACAUAAAGUUUAAAAAUUCUGAACUGCGAGUUUGUAUGAGAUUUGACGCUGUGCUGCUGAUAUGGACUUCUAUGGAUGAGAUGGGGAACAGGGCAAACAGAGGUGCUAGUUGGCAGCCAACCCCUCCACAGACUUGUCCACCAAUCGGUCGUUCGCUUCAAAAAUGAGUUACUGGUUGUCUGGAUUUAUAAUUUAAAAUUGUUUUGGAGCAGUGUUUUUCAGCGAACCUUCCAGAGCAAGGGUUAUUGUUCUCCCUUUGUAAUGUAUGCUGGAAAGAGCAAGUUCACCUCAUCUGCAUUUCUGGUUCUUUACCCAAACCUUGUCAGCACAGAACAGGGUAUGUGAGCUCAACUCCCACGUACCUGUGGAAGUUAAAAGACUGAAAGAAAAUCCAUUGUUGGGGGAAAAUAAAUCCUUAUUUACCUUUCCCCAAAGAUCUAUAAACAUCCCUGUUGUCUUUAUUUUUUUUACUUAUUUUUUUGUGCUUUAUCUGUGUUUAAAAAAAAAAAGGCUGUACUGGGUUAUAAUGCAUUUUAUUAACACUAUGUACAUAUUAGCUGCUUUGUGUUUCAGAAUGGUAGUAAUUGCUUUGUAUAUUAAAGUGAUUCUUGUGAAUUUGUGAAUUAUUGUCAUAAAGACGUGCUUUUUCUUACUGUAACCUUUGUGGUAUAAACUGUCAUAACUCCCUUUUUACACAAACAUUUAUGUGCAGUCACAUAAACAUGCUUUAAAAACCUCUAAAA